GAUACUCAGAUACGGGCGCUCAGUGUGGAUUCGUCUUUUGGCCCAUUCGGAUGUGGCCACCGCGCGCGCCUUGUCCGCUGGCAGUUUUAUUAUUAUUGUUGUUAUUAUUUGGGCCCUAACUCUUGCUCGCUGCGCUUGCCCUUUCGUUUUCGUUACUCGGUUUCUCGGUUUUCGGUUGUCAGUUGUCGGUUGUCGGUUAUUGUCGCGUUGUGUUUGUGCAUCCGUCUGUUAUAGUUGUUGUUGUGUUCCAGUUGCAGUUGUGGGAGUGUAUAUGAUUGCAUUGCAGAUGGCCGAAACGAUCAGCACAGCGGCCAGCGGAAUGGAGCUGGCCCUGAAGGACCCCAGCCCCACGGUGGGCGGGGGCAUCAUCGUGGAUAUGACGCCCACUGCGGCGGCUCUGUUGCAUCACAACGCCAUGGCGCUGCGCAGCCUGAAGGAGGCUGCCAGCUCGGCCUCUGCCUCGGAAUCGGAGCUCCAGGAGCCGCGCUCCCCGACGCCCACGCCCACGAAUCUCAGCACCGCCCCUCACUCGCCGCCCAUGACAUUUCGCUGCGAGCGUUGCGACAGUUUCGAGACCAGCUCCCGUGCCUCCCUGCUCCUCCAUGUGGUGCAAUGCCUGGCCGGUCAGGCGGCAGCUGCUGCAGCCGCUGCGGCGGCCACGGCGCGUCUCAAGUCGGAGGAUCUGCAGGAGCCGGAGAACAUGAGCCUGGGCCACAUGGAAGGAGGCGGUGGUGGCGGCGGCAAGGGAGACCGCGAUAACCAGUCCGGAAAUGGAAAUGGCUCCAGCUCCUCGGCCAGCUCAUCGCCGGCCGGAAACAGCGGCAGUGGCAGCAGUUCCCGCAAAGUGUUCGAGUGCGACGUGUGCAACAUGAAGUUCUCCAACGGGGCCAACAUGCGGCGCCACAAGAUGCGACACACGGGCGUCAAGCCGUACGAGUGCCGAGUGUGCCAGAAGCGGUUCUUCCGCAAGGACCAUCUGGCGGAGCACUUCACCACGCACACCAAGACGCUGCCCUAUCACUGCCCCAUCUGCAAUCGGGGCUUCCAGCGACAGAUCGCGAUGCGGGCCCACUUCCAGAACGAGCACGUGGGACAGCACGACCUGGUGAAGACUUGCCCGCUCUGCAGUUACCGCGCCGGCUCCAUGAAGUCCCUGAGAAUCCACUUCUUCAACCGACACGGCAUCGAUCUGGAUAAUCCGGGACCGGGCGGUACCUCUUCCCUGUUGCUGGCCCUCGAAUCACAGGCCUCGGCGGCGGCGGCAGCGGCAGCAGCCAGUUACGUGCCUCCAGGACUCAGUCCGGUGCCGGUGCAAUCUCAAUCCCAGCAGCAACAGGCGCCGGUUGCUCCGCCGGCCAGCGAUAGCGGGGAGUCGAUGCGAUCCCUGGAGAAUGCCACACCUCCGAUGCACUUCCUCACGCCGCACGUGGAGAUUUCGACCCUGGGUGAGAGUGGCAACACGGAGCUGUUCAAUGGCAACAACAACAACAACAACAAUACCAAUAGCAACAACAACAACAACAACAACAACUGCAUUACCAACAACAAUAACAACAAUAACAACAACAAUAGCAGCGCCAACAACAACCACAACCAUAAUGGCAGCAGUAACAACUCCAUUAGCAAUGGAAAUGGUAGUGCCGAGUCCAAUGCCGAUAAGGUGAAAGAUCGAGCCCUGAUCAUGCAAUCGCCGGUGGAGCUGCCCAUGGAUUGCAACACUAAGGCCACGCCCAUCACAUCCAGCACCACGGCCAGCAGCCUGAGUGCGGGCUUGAAGAGCCACCAUCUCCACCAUCAUCAUCACCAUCACGAGAAUCACAUAACGCCUUCAAUCAGUCUGAUACCGAUUAAGCAGGAGCCCAUGUCUGAGGAUUUGGAUAAAAAGGACCUGAUGAAUGGCAGUGAUCCCAGCAGUGACUCCGAGCAGGCUUCCAACAACAACAACAACAUCAACAGUUGCAACAACAACAGAAUCACCUCACUGAUUAAGGUCUCGCCACUAAAGUCGCUUUUGCGCGAAGAUCUAAAGCGUCGAAUCUGCGCCAAGGCCAAUAACCGGAUUACCCGGAAUGCCACGCCCCUGGAGAACAACAACAACAACAACACAGUGCUGUCCAAUAGCCUGAGCAACGGAUCCGGCAAUGGCUCGACCGGAGUGAAUGGCGGCAGUGCAGGAAGCGGAUCGGGAGGAACCGCUGGACCGCCAACACCGGCCACACCCAAUGCCAGCAACGGUCUCAAUUCGACACCCAUCUGCAACGGAACGAUCACCUCGACCGGACAGGAUGGUGAUUUGUUGCUCAACCGGAAGCUGAUACUCACCUGCCACUUUUGCGGCAUCGAGUUCCCGGACGAGACGCUGUACUUCCUGCACAAGGGCUGCCACUGCGACAGCAAUCCGUGGCGGUGCAACAUCUGCGGCGAGCAGCUCAACAACGUGUACGAGUUCAACUCUCACCUGCUGAGCAAGAGCCACCAAUAGCAGCCACAGUUGGCCGGCAAGUAGGCAGGAGCUUGCCGGCCCAGUGACAGUGUCAGGAUCAGGAUCACGAUCGGUGUAGACAUUUGGAUUCGGAUCCAAAGAUUCGGAAUAUUUACUUAGCUCAAUUUUGAGAGAUUUUCCACAACCAGGCACACAGUUAAGCUCAGAGCAAAUUAUACACUUACCAUCUAGUUCUACGAUUACACUUACGUCUACGUUACAUACAUAUAUAUAUAUACAAAUAUAUAUAUAUGUAUAUAUAUAUAUAUAUACUUAUAUAUAGUUAGAGAUAACUCAUCAUAUUUUUAUGAUCUGCAUGCAGAGAGUAUGAAAAAUCAAAUGAGAGCUACGUAGUUACCUAAUCCCUUAAAAGAAAGUCGGAGAAAGUAUAAAGGUUUUUGCGCGAAAACGUUUAACGUUUCAGGAUGUUAUGGAUGGAAAUCAAAAGAACGAUAAGCGGAAAAGAAUACAAUGGUUAUAUUAUAUAGCUUCCCGAAUGAAAGCCCUGUUAUGUAGUCUUAUUAUGCCCUAGGUUUUGUAGUUAUAGUCCUUAAGUACUUGGCAAUAAUUUCCAGCCGGUUCAACUGGCCAGCAGCAAAGAAAAAAAAAGAAGAAUAUGUAUCGCCACGUAAGUCCGCUUAAGUCGGUUUAGUGCAUUAUAUACAUAAAUAUAUAUAUAUAUAUAUAGCUUCGGUUCGCCUUAAAGGUGGCAGUUUAUGGUUUUCAACAUCCACACACAUACACAUAGGUACAUUCGUUAUAUAUAUACUUGAUUAUAUAUGUAUAUGCCUAAAAAGAUUCAUCGAAGGGCUUUAAAUUUGUUAUGUUUUCAGAGUUUAAUACGAGAGCAGCAAGUUUAAUUAUAGAAGCUAUAUCUAUAUACAAGAAAAUGUUACAUAUACAGGAUAUAUAUACGUACAUAGCCAGGUUACACACAUACACACACACGCUCACUGACUCACUUUAACACAGAUACAGAUACAGAUACAGAGAUACAUAGCAAAAACAGAUACAAAUUCAGAUUCAGAUUCUUUUAGCUUAGCAAGAGGUUAACGAAUUUUGAAUUCAAUUAUUAUACUCGUACCUUUUAUAUAGCUCUUAGUUCGAAUAACUAAUCUAACACAGUAACAAAGUAAAAGUUUAAAGAAAAGCCACACAUAUUUCGAAUAAUCGCACAGUGCUGCUAGUAAGUUUGCAUACAACGGAAAAAAAAUGGAAUAAAUAAAAAGCAGAAAACAGAAAGCAGCGGCAAAGCAUAGUAACAUUUUUUUAAAAACAAACAAGACAAAAAACAAAAACAUGCAAAAAUUACAAUUGUGAUACGAAAUUGUUGUAAAUAAUUGGUAAAUCGAAAUAUGAGUAACAUGAACUUUAUUAUUUUAGAGGAAAGGAAAGAAAAACUAUGCCUUAGAUGCCUAUGAUAUAGCAUUACAUAAGUACAUACAUAAAAACAUACUGAUAUCUACUUCUAUACGAUACGAGCGAUCACUGUACAAACAACCAACUGGACAAACUGUUGAUUAGUAUAGUUAACUUUAGUGUAAAUCAAAAUUUGCAAAAUUUUGCAAUCCCCCCAACCCCCCCAUAUACCCACGACCCCUGGAUCCCGUCCUGUUUCCUCCCCUCCUUGCCCCAACCUCUGCUGACGUCACGGGUUGUAUGCAGCCAGCAAGGCGCCACUGUGCGCCAAAAUUUUACUUCAGAUUAACAUCCGUCCAUGAUGUUCACAAAAAAAUGAAAAGAAUUACAAAAAAAAAUUAGGGCUGAUAGCGAAUGAUGUAACACACACACUUACAUAUAACCAUAAUGCUUAUGUACAUGUAAACCAGGAGAAAAUUAUGUUUAGAUUCCCAUCUACCACCUUCUUUGGUUGUUAUUGAUCUUUACUUAUUAAGAUAGAUAGCAUUAAUUUUUUAGUCGAAGGUUUUUGUUAAUCAUUUUUGUUGUUCAUCGUUAGCAGCACUUGCGCACAUUAUGUACAUUAUUUUUUUUCUUAUAGACCUCCUGCCUCCCCCCCUCUACUUAUAGACAUUAUGUA